AUGUGGAAGGUUAUGCGUGUGUGGAGAUGUGGAGGGGUGCGCUGGGCACAUCGCCAGCGGCCCUCAAAUGAGUUGUUGUCGGAACUGUCGUUCGACCAGCACUACAAGAUCAGGUCCAACAUCGGGCUGCUAAUACAGGACUACGCCAGCAAGCCCAUUGCGCCGCUGGACUACGAGUACUUCCUGCAGUACCGGCCACCGCUGACGAGGAAGGAGGAAUACAUGCUGACGAUCAAGACGAUCAACUUGUUGCUAUCGCUAACGUGCAAACGGCUGAACGCCAUCCAGAGGCUACCGUACAAUGCGGUGAUAAAUCCGCACCUCGAGAGGACCAACUCACUGUACCUGAAGAGCCUGCAGACGCUACUUUCGGUGGCGUACCCGUAUGAGCUGCACAACCCGCCCAAGAUCCAGGCCAAGUUCACGGAGCUGCUGGACGACCACGAGGACGCCAUCGUGGUGCUGGCAAAGGGAUUGCAGGAGAUCCGGACAUGCUACCCACAGUUCAAGAUCUCACAGUUUUUAAACUUUCAUUUGAAAGAGCGAAUAACCAUGAAGCUACUGGUGACGCACUAUCUGUCGCUGACGGCGCAAAACAACGACGAGUCUGACGGGAAGACGAUCGGGAUCCUGCAGCGCGACCUACCCAUAGUGCAGUUGGUCAAGCACGUCUCGGACUACGUCAACGAUAUCUGCUUUGUGAAGUUUAACACUCAGCGAACCCCGGUCCUCGUCUAUCCGCCGGCGCAGGACAUCGCAUUCACAUGCAUCCCGCCAAUCCUGGAGUACAUCAUGACAGAGGUGUUCAAGAACGCCUUCGAGGCGCAGAUAGCACACGGCAAGGAGCACGUCCCCAUAGAGGUCAAUCUCUUGAAGCCGGACGACGAUGAGCUGUAUAUACGGAUUAGGGACCACGGCGGUGGAAUCACGCCGGAGGUGGAGGCGCUCAUGUUCGACUACUCGUACUCCACACGUUCCCAACAGCCGUCCGACGACGAGGACUCUACAGACCUCCCCGGCGAGCAAAUCAAUAACGUUUCCGGCAUGGGCUUUGGCCUGCCCAUGUGUAAAACGUAUCUAGAGCUAUUUGGGGGCAAGAUGGACAUCCAGAGCCUGCCCGGUUGGGGGACAGACGUCUAUAUCAAGCUCAAGGGCCCUUCCAAGGCUGCACUGCUCGCCAAACGCUAG